AUGGGGCAUCUCUCCAACCUGGACAUCGUGAAUGAAUGCGACAACUUCCCUUACUACUCCGACAAUCCGGAGAUCUACACAGCUGCCUUGAAAGACUAUUAUCAAUUUCGGCUAGAGGGAUGCGACUCAUGUCUGGGCUACACUACUUCAACUGUUGCUGCGCAAAUGCCUCCGACCAAAGAUUGGAAUCUCGACCACGACAAAAAGCACCUGACAUUUCAGCCUCGAUCCACCAGCGGUGAGCCAGUCAAGGACUUUGCAGAACGCAACCAAAUCCUCGCCGAGUACCUUCAAGAUGUUCGAGAGAAGAAGGUAUUUCGUGUUCUAGACGGUUGGCGGAGCGAGCUGUAUCCGAUCUAUGGCCCAAGCAAAACCCUUCUCUUGAACAUGGAACGCUCAGCAACACCGCUUUUCGGAGUGGUCACCUAUGGUGUCCACAUGACAGGAUACGUCAAGACUCCAGAAGGCAUGAAGAUAUGGGCGCCACGAAGAGCCCUGACCAAGCAGACAUAUCCAGGCAUGAUGGACAACACUGUGGCUGGUGGUUUGAGCACCGGAGAAAAGCCUUUCGAAUGUCUGGUGAGAGAAUGCGAGGAAGAAGCUUCAUUGCCGGCAGACGUCGUGCAAUCUGCACAAGCUUGCGGGACGUUGACGUAUUUCCACGUCCGAGACGCGAGAGCUGGCGGUGAGACAGGGCUUUGUCAACCGGAAUGUCAAUAUAUCUAUGAUCUCGAGUUGCCGGCCGAUGUCACACCAAAGCCUGGAGAUGAUGAAGCCAUCGAUUUCCAGCUCCUCACCGUGGAUGAGGUCCGGAAAGCGAUUGCUAACGGGAAAUUCAAGCCCAAUUGUGCUCAUUUGCUGCUCGAGUUCUUUGUGAGACAUGGGAUCUUGACCGCAGAGAACGAGCCUCAUUAUAUCGAACUUGUUUCGAAGUUUCAUAGAAAGCUGGAAUUUCCAAUGCCUUGA